CGUAAUCAGACCCCUGUGUGAAUUGGACUGUGAUAAAUGAAGCGAAACAGUUAAAGGUUUAGGUUUUCCUUUUUCGCAAUUCUCAAAGCUUCUUUAAGCUUGAAACUGAUGAAAUUUUGAUCAUAAACGUUCAAGUUAUCGAUUUGCAACAUGAGUGCAUCACUAGACAUUGACAAGAUCGACGACAUCCUGGAGAUGGCAAAAACAAUGGCGACACUAAAAAUUUCGUCCAAAGGGCUGAAAACGUUGGACCAAAUGAAAGCAAAAGUGAAAGAGACACUCCAUUCGUCAGAGAAGAAGUCAAGUUGGACGGCAAAGGAGGCCUUUUCAGUGUUGACGGAGGCAAAGAAAGAAGACGAGAAAAAACGAGCAACCUUGCUCAAUUUCUACGAACACACGGAUGUUUGCUUGCAGAGUAUGGAUGAAAAAGUUCAUGCCCUUUUGGAACAGAACAUCGGAAACCUCAAGGAAAAAAUAGCUUCCCACAAACAAAAUCUGCUGGGAAAAGAGUACAUUGUUCUUGUUGCAGGCGAAACAAGUUCAGGAAAGAGCACUUUGUUAAAUCUUAUCCUUGGAGAACAGCUUCUUCCUUACUCCGUUCUGAGUACCACAUCCACCAUCUGUGAACUAAGAUAUGGAGAUACACCAAAGCUGGUGGCGCACUUUAAAGACAAAGGAUCAGGGGAUACCUCAAAGACCGUCCUCUUAAACAAGCCAUCCGAAGCCUCCGAGCAGAGUUACCUUCAACAGAUUUCCGAAUUCGUCCACCUAAAGACGAACAGAGAAAAGGGUUCAGAUUACGAAAAGAUUGAGUUGUUUUGGCCUCACAAUCUGUUGAAGGAAAAUGUUGUAAUAGUCGACAGCCCAGGAAUUGGCGAAUCUACCAUCAUGGAUGACAUAGUAAAGGAGUACCUUCCAGAGGCUUUCGCAUUUAUUUACGUCAUCAACAGUGAAAACGCCGGUGGAAUACAGCGAGAUAGGGUGGAAAGACUUAUCGAACACGCCAGACAGGUAUCUAUUGACAAACAAAGGGAAUCUUCCUCAAAUUGUGCCCUUUUCGUUUGCAACAAGUGGGACCAGGUGCCGCCAGUAGAAACUGAUGAAGUUAAGAACCAUAUCCUGACGAAACUCACGCAGUGUUGGCCCUCUCUGGAUCCAGAAUCUCAGAUCAUUUAUAUGUCAGCAAGAGAUGCCAGUGAAGCUCAGAAGCUUGGAGUAGUCACGGAAGAGUUUGCUAAACUAAUGAAUGGUAUCAAGUCCAUGGUGUUGAAAAGUAUUGAAGCAAGACUACAGAUUCAGUGGAGGUGGCUUGACUAUCUUCUUGCACGUAUGGCCCUCCACACGAAAGCGUUCAUUCGUAAUUCGUCCGAAGAUCGUAAAGAUGUGAUAGAACGAAUGAUGUUUAUCACAAACCGCCUCAAAAGUAUUGAGAGGCAGCAAGGUACAGUAAGCAAAGAGCUGCAGUCAUACCUCGAAAACAAGACAGACCACGCUGUGAGUACACUGUCCAGAUACCUUAAGUCUCCAGAAGUUAUUGAGCAGUUUUCUUUGUGGACAUUAGAUGACGUUCCAAAUACUGAAGAAAGCUGGGAACUGACAAAGAAUUACAUCCAAAAGGCGCUGAUGAGGCGACUUCAAGAAAAGAUAGAGGAAUGGGAAGAAAAGAACCAUAUCUUUUCCGAUGCUCGCGCCUCUUUGAUUCGAUACUUUCAGGAGAGGUUCAGCUACGUCGAAGGUCAACUUCGGAUGCUGGAGGGCUCUGUCCUAGCCGGAGAUGCUGUCGGCUCAGGAAGUGACCCGCUGGCAUCGGAUGAUUUUAGCGUCGCCGAAAAAGUCAUCAUCGGGGUCACAAGUCCAAUUUGGGUUCCAGUUGGUCUGGUUGUCUUAGUGGUCAGUGUCCCGGUAGUUGGCGCCAUGGCACUUAAAGAAAAGAUUGAAAACUGGAAUAAAACAAGACAAUACAACAAAGACAGGUGUGCAUUUAUGGCGAAAGCUUCCCAAGAAUAUCUGAAUGAAUCAGCUGAAGAACAGCAUUUAAAGUCGUUCGUGAUGGAACAGCUUAAAGAAGCUCAGGUUUGUCUUAAGCAGGUCUUAGAUCGGAUCCCUCAGCUCAUAGAAGAGGACAAAAUGUUGUGUCAACAAUUGAGAGAUGAGAACCGUUCUAAGAAAGAAGUAGAAGAUUUCUACCAACCGCUACACAAAAAGAGUGUACAAAUAAGGGAUGAGAUGGCCCUUUUUGGCAUUAAAGAGGUUCGCACCAUGGACAUCAGCUGCGACGAUCUGGAGUGGAAAGACAAUGCACUUCUUGGGAGUGGAACGUUUGCAGCCGUUUAUCGAGGAAAAUUGAAGAUACAAGGAGAGGAUAAACCCGUAGAUGUUGCUGUGAAAGUGUGGAACGAGGAGCUCAACGAAGAUACUGCUAGCGGCUUUCUUUCUGAAGCAGAGAUACUCAGGAAACUGAAUUAUCCCUCUAUUGUAAAGUUCUAUGGUGCAGCACUUCACAAGGAAGGGGAGCAGCUGAAAGCAGUUCUGGUGACGGAGCUCUGCAAGGAAAACUUGAUGACGCACAUUUUCCGGCAUGAAGGCAAUAUACCUGGAAAGUCAUCAACUGCUACAGCUACGAGAGAUAUGAUCGGAUGGGCAAAAGACAUCGCCGAUGCUUUGGACUACAUUCACAGACAAGGUAUCGUUCACAGAGAUCUCAAGCUGGAAAAUAUAUUGCUUUCGCAAGAAAACAUUGCCAAAGUAGCCGAUGUCGGUGUUUCUAAAGAAGCCAAAGCGAUCACGGGUACUAUGGCGGGAACUCCUUUGUAUCUCGCUCCUGAAGUGAUCAAGUCCUCUUUGUACGAUUACAAAGCAGACAUCUACAGCUUCGGUAUAAUGCUCUGGGAGAUGUGGUAUGGUGACAGAGCCCUUCUUGAUGUGAUAGGAAAUAUGCAGGAGUUCUUUGAAAAAGUGGGUGAGGGCGUAAGACCUACGCAUGUCCGAGGCUCAAAAAAGCCUCCAGCUGGUUUGCGUGAUCUGAUGCAGCGUUGCUGGGACGAAAAACCUGAUAAUCGACCAGAUGCGAGAGAGUGUUAUGAGAAGUUGACUAAGCUCUAUCAGGAAUUUGGCGCACCGUCUUCGUAAACACUGGUUAUUAGGCAACCACCUUGAACUUGUUUACUUUUCAAGUGUAGACUGUUUUGGAGCAACAGUGAUUUAGAGUGUUUUAAGAUAUCCCAUAUGACUGUUGUAACAAAUAGACUAGUCACACCCGCGCCAAUUUUCUCGUUUCAAACUUAGUUCGUACAUCAUAGAAACCUAUUCUGGACUUAAUCAGUGCUGGUGCUAAGGACUUCUAUCGAGACCAGUGUCAUUUUGGAUGAUUCCGAAAGGCCUAAUUAAGCGCACAGGUGUAGGUGGCUCCUCUGUUGCUUUGUUUGUCAGAGGAUCUUUUGUUACAGUACAGGGUUGUCAGCCCACUGCCCUUCCCUAAACCUAAAAUUGGCUUCGUUAGGCAUGAAAAUUAAAGUAAGAAGCGUAUGAAAUACAAAGAUACUUACGCAGUGAGUUGACGGAAUGUAGGAGUGGUGUAUGGUAGGUCUCUCACUAUUCUUAUGCCUUGGUAGUCUUUAGACCCUGCAAGCGAAAAAGAGACUUGAGAAAGUCUUAAUCAAGAAAGAGAGAGAGAGAGAGAGGGAGGCGACCGUACUCUCAUGUAAAAAAGGCAUAGUCAAGUCAUAUUGUCAUAGUAUCGUUAGCUGGUACAAACAUAAAAGAGUGUCAAUGAUUUAGUAGAUUUCUUUUAAUGAGAGCUGGUUAUCAUGUGUAUUAAUCUCCUUAAGUCUUAUUUUUUGGGGGCUUUUGUCAAUUAGUUGACGUGUUACUAUUUUGAAAGAGGAAAAAAAAGAAUAUUUGGAAGGCAAAUAUUGUUCUUUCAGCUUGUUUAAAAGCUUUUUGUCGGAUUUUAGACUAGUUUCACCAUCUGGUGUAAGACACUUGUGAUCGUUAACUCUUUGAAGAUUUCGAAUAGAGCAUUCUGUUUUUUAAGUAUUAAGAUUAAAUAUGAUGCAGGAAGGUCAGAUAUCACAUAUCUAAGUCUAAAGAAAUCACAGAGAUGGAGUUGUAAGCUCAAAAAGGGUCAAAUGACGUGAGAAGAAGUUCCCUUGGAAGGAAUUUCAAUACUCAGCAGCGUACAUUUUCAUGACGGAAUCGUGUGAUUAAACUUGGGAGGAGAAAACAAACUCCCAUCAUUUCCCCUCAAAAAUUGCUGAACGAUGCAUUUACGAAGAUGAUUAGACUUAAUUGUUUCUUAAGAUUGUAAACUGUGAAGGUCAAAUAAAGUCUGGAUCCAGGU